AUUACGCACCAACAGAGGAAGGGGUGCUCGCUUGAUGUUGCUGAUCUCUGGACCAUCUCAACCAACCAACCUCCUGCUGUUGUAAUGUAAAGCUGCUAGUGUCCUGCUGGUGUAAAGAAUCCGCUGUGAAAAGGAAAAGGAGCAUACAAUCAGCUCCUCCAACUUGAACACAACCUCUUCUGCGUCGGAGAGAUUCCGCAGCCACAUUACGCAUGGACUGGUUUUGGGGUUUUGGGGGGAUUGGAGUAGAAAUGCAGCAACAAGAAGAAGAACCAUGCACAGCUUACAUUGCAAGCGAAUCUAUGACAUCCUGUUUUUAUCCACUACGACUUUGAUAUGAGUGAAAUCCGCUCGGAUACCAACGAGGAGUGAAGAGAAAACACACACACACACACACUCACAGACACAGAGCAGAGGCGCACCAGCUGAAGGACGUUGUUUUUCCUCUGCAGACGCUUGUGAACCGAGAAACCUCUGCAUUUAGGAUUUUUUUUUUUUUGAUGGAGCUGGAGAACAUAGUAGCCAACACUGUACUGCUAAAAGCGAGAGAGGGUGGAGGAGGCAAACGGAAAGGGAGGAGCAAAAAAUGGAAGGAGAUCCUUCGCUUCCCCCAUAUAAGCCAGUGCACUGAGCAGGGAAACGGCCUCGAGAGGGACUAUGUCAGCAUCUGUGAGAAACAGCCUAUCGGACGGCUUCUGUUCCGCCUUUACUGUGAGACCAGACCGAAACUGCAACGAUGCAUCCAGCUACUGGACGCAAUGGAAGACUAUGAGGUGACACCUGAUGAAAAAAGAAAAAGCAGAGGGGACCAGAUCCUCAAGACUUUUCUCUCAAAACAAUCACCUCAGCGUGUAGACAUAGCGGAGGUUUUCGCAGACCAGUGCAGAGAGAACCUCGAGCUCAGUCCUUGUAAGGAGAUCUUCAGCAACUGCAGCAAGGCCGUCCAUGACUACCUGAGUGGAGCUCCGUACCUCGACUACCAGAACAGCAUGUACUUUGACCGAUACCUGCAGUGGAAGAUGCUGGAGAGGCAACCAAUCACUAAAGACACGUUCAGACAGUACCGAGUGCUGGGGAAGGGGGGAUUCGGAGAGGUGUGUGCCUGCCAGGUUAGAGCUACAGGGAAGAUGUACGCCUGCAAGAAGCUGGAGAAGAAGAGGAUAAAGAAGAGGAAAGGGGAGUCCAUGGCUCUCAACGAGAAGCAGAUUUUAGAGAAAGUCAACAGUAGAUUUGUUGUGAGCUUAGCGUAUGCAUAUGAGACCAAAGACGCUCUGUGUCUGGUGCUGACCAUCAUGAACGGUGGAGACCUGAAGUUUCACACCUACAACAUGGGCACGCCGGGCUUCGAGAAAGACAGGGUCCAGUUCUACGCCGCUCAGAUCUGCUGUGGGCUGGAGCAUUUGCACAGGGAAUCCAUCGUCUACAGGGAUUUGAAACCGGAGAACAUCCUGUUAGAUGACAAUGGACACAUCCGUAUUUCUGACCUGGGGCUGGCCAUCAAAGUGCCUGACGGAGAACUCAUCAGAGGCAGGGUGGGGACUGUGGGCUACAUGGCUCCGGAGGUGAUAAACAAUGAAAAGUACGCCAUGAGUCCCGACUGGUGGGGGCUGGGCUGUCUCGUUUACGAGAUGACCGCCGGGCGAUCGCCCUUCCGCGCCCGCAAAGAGCGAGUGAAGCGGGAGGAGGUGGAGAGGAGGGUGCAGGAGGAAGAGGAGGAGUACAACGACAAGUUUACAGAGGACACAAAGGCCGUCUGUAGAAUUCUGCUGACCAAAGACCCUAAGCAGAGGCUGGGGUGCCUGGCGGAUGGAGGGGCGGGCGUCAAGGCCCACUCGUUCUUCAAAAACAUCAACUUCAAGAGGCUGGAAGCCGGAAUAGUGGAGCCUCCCUUUGUGCCUGAUCCUCGGGCAGUGUACUGUAAGGAUGUUUUGGACAUAGAGCAGUUCUCCACAGUCAAGGGAGUAAAUUUGGACCAAACUGACAAUGACUUCUACACCAAAUUUGCUACAGGCUGCGUUUCCAUCCCAUGGCAGAAUGAGAUGAUAGAAACUGAGUGUUUCAGAGAUUUGAACGUGUUUGGGCCUCAAGGAACGAGACCUCCGGAUCUGGACUGGAAUCAGCCACCAGAGCCGCCCAGACGCAGCCUGCUGGACAGGAUCUUCAGGAGGCAUCACCCAGAGGUGUCUAUUUCCAACAGCCGUGUGCAGUCUUCCAGUGUAAACUCUGUGGACUCUAUGUCCAACUCUGCCCCCUAGUGGCAAAGUGACAGUGUGGGAGCCACACACACACACUCACACAAAGGGAAGGAGCUCUGAGGGGCUUCCCCGCUGCUGAUUGGUCCACAGCCGGGGCCUGAGCAGCAGCCGGAGACAGCCUGUCUAAAAAGCCUAAAUGGUCAGCCCAUGGGUGGGUUUGGGGUGGGUGGGUGGUGGGUGGGGGGGUUGACCAGGCCCUGAGACCCCGGGCAUUUGUAGUGGGACAGUCAAUGUUGCAAAGACGUUUGAAAAUAUUGGGACAAACCUUACUUCACCCUCAGGAUUGUUGGACUAUAGAACAGAGCCACUGACGUUGAAGAAAACAGAAAAAGGAUAGAAAACAAGCUAAUAUUCAGGGGAUCCACUGUAUAAUAAAGACCACCACAGGGAUUAGAAGAUGGGGUCUUGGUGAAUUUUGGAUUUUUUUUCCAGAAAAAUAAUUUCUUUUUCACUCAUUUUCAGUCCUUUUACUUUCUGGCCUGUAUCUCUCCAUCUAUCUGCACCCUUCCGAGCAUCACCGUCUGUACAACUCUAUUUCUUUCUCUGCAUUUCCACCUCCCAUACCUCAGCUCACUCCUUAACAUUCAGAACACAUCACCUCAGCAACCUCAACACAUAAUGUACAUUGCCUUGCGUACACUCAGGCCAAAGAUUAUAGUUUUGUGAUACUGUUGUCAUGUUGAUUUAUUGGUUUUUGGAAGGUUGGGAGGAUCCGUUUUAUACACUUUCUCUAAAUAUGAGCCUGCAGACAUAUCAUACUGCUUAAUACAUACAAUCAGAUAGACAUACACAGACAGAAUUGUGAGAAUCGUGUUGUGUUUUCAUUGCAUGGACAAAGUGUAAGUAUGGACAGCUGUAUUCCCUUUUUCGCUUCUGCAUACCUCAUUCCACUGAUGUUACCAUACCUACCGUACAACACGCAGACGUCUCCCUCGGUUUACAGUGUCACUUUAUAUUUGACAUUAUGUGGAAUUAAUAUGCUGUACAGAAACAGAAAUCUUGAAUUUUUUUUUUUUUGCUCAACUUUUUCUGCACAGUCCCCCCAAACCCCGUGGAGUGGAGAGGAACACAUGCACUCAGCCUGACUUCCAAGUUGCACAAUUUAAAAAUGUCAUGCUGUUUCUUCACCAAAUGAAUUUUUACCUCUGAUCAUUAAGGCACAUUGUUGUAUUGAUAUUGUCACGCACCGCUUGUUUUCUACAUCUCAAUCUAAAGUGUUCUUGCUCUCCCUAUGCCUUUUUUUCAUUUCAAAGAUAUUGCUGCAUAGCCAUUGUUGUCACGUGUACAGUUUUCUAAAUAUAUAUAUGGCCCCUUAACAUGCUCUUCAAAAUGCCUCCCAAAAUUAAAGGGCCUUCCUCUUGUUUCGUGCCCCAACCGUAAUCGAACACACAGGGUAUCGACGGCUCCGUGAAAGGUUUAUCUCCGCUGAAUUUGAUUUGAAUCUGUCCAGAGCAGAAAAGGAGGAGGAAGACCACCAGGAGAUCCGAAGAAGUUGCCUUCUCGCAGCAGCACAGCCAAUUAAAAGAGAGGAAGAGCUCACUCUCUUCUGCUUGUUUUAAGAAUGUGGUAUUUUUCCCUAAUUGAGGUAGUGAAAGCUGGUCCAUGCAGUAGUUUCACAGAUCUCACGCAAGCCUGUUUUUCUUCUUUUCUCUGAAUAUGAAAAAAAACAGAAAUAAUCUGAAUCAGACUGAAGUGCCUCCUUGUUAGCAUGAUCUCCCAGACAAUGCCCACACAGACAUCAGCACUUUGUUUAUUCCCUGACUGUCAUGCUCUGUUUGUUUCGCCGAGGAACGCCGUGUCAACACAAUACAACACAGACUCACAGUUCUGUUGGAAAGAGGAGCGAAGGAUGGAGAGGAGAGGAGAGGAGAGGAGAGAGUCAACAAGGGCGUUCUCCUUCUUAUAAUGUGAUGUACAGCAAAGUGCUGAGUGCAUGUGAAAGCCAAACCCACUGUGUCCUUCAAGUCCCAAUAAACUCUGUGCUAUAGUUUGAGUACUCCACAGUU